GCUCUCUGUGGGCGGGGCCCCACGAGUGCAGCUGGACAGCAGACGAACUGGAAGCGCCAGUCAGCGGGGAGACACACACUCACACACGAAAGAGAGGGUGGUUCCGGGAAGGACACUAUCAGUCAACACCAUGGGGAAGGAUUACUAUAAAAUCCUGGGCAUUCAGUCUGGUGCCAAUGAGGAGGAGAUCAAAAAGGCCUACAGGAAGAUGGCCCUCAAGUUUCAUCCAGAUAAAAACAAAGACCCUAAUGCUGAAGAAAAAUUCAAAGAGAUAGCAGAGGCAUAUGAAGUCCUGAGCGACCCAAAGAAGAGGGUUAUUUAUGACCAGUAUGGAGAAGAUGGUCUCAAGACUGGAGGGAGCGGCUCAUCCAGUGGCCAGGGGCCAACAUAUCACUACACUUUCCACGGGGACCCACAUGCCACUUUUGCCUCUUUCUUCGGAGGCUCGAACCCCUUUGAUAUUUUUUUCGGCUCUAGUCGUCACCGGGGGAGCAACAACAAUGGCUUUGCAGACCAUGGGGAUCAUGACAUGGACAUUGACAUGGAUGGAGACGAUGACCCUUUCAGCUCCUUCAGCCACUUCGGAUUCAACGGCAUCAACGGGUUCCACCAUGGCCGAAGGCACCGCAGCGAGCCUUUGCACAGCGGCAGAAAGAAGGUCCAGGACCCUCCUGUGGUGCAUGAACUUCGGGUUUCUCUGGAGGAGAUCUUUCAUGGAUGUACCAAACGCAUGCGCAUCUCCCGCCGCCGACUCAAUCCAGACGGGCGGUCGAUGAGGACAGAAGACAAGAUCCUUAAUAUUGUCAUCAAGAGAGGCUGGAAAGAAGGCACCAAAAUCACCUUCCCCAAGGAGGGCGAUGAGACCCCUGAGAACAUUCCAGCUGACAUCGCAUUCGUGCUCAAAGACAAGGGACACCCACACUUCAAGAGGGACGGCUCCAACAUCAUUUACACUGCCAGAGUCAGUCUUAAGGAGGCCCUGUGUGGUUGCACGGUCAACAUUCCCACCAUGGAGAAUCGAGUGAUCUCGCUGCCCUGCAACGACAUCAUCAAACCAGGCACCAUCAAGAGACUUAGGGGCGAGGGGUUGCCUUUCCCCAAGAAUCCCUCUCAGCGUGGGGACAUGAUAGUGGAAUUCCAGGUGCGCUUUCCAGACCGGAUACCUCCUCAGUCCAAAGAGAUCAUCAAACAGCACUUACCCCAGUCUUAAAGGAAUUUUAUUGGAACACUGAUUCAGUGGAAUGACGACUGUCCAGGACCGGAAAUUAAUUUCACAUUUUAUUAUUGUAUUAAUUUAUUUUUUUGCCCUUUUUUGAACAGAUGGAAAUUGUUGUUUUUAAGAAUUUCGAAGCAGUUCACUACUUUAAAGACUGAAAGUAAAAGCGAAAGAUUUAACGAGAGCUUCACAUUGAUGCUAUGCUGAUUUUAAAGACAGUGUUGCUUAUUUACUGUACCUCUUUCAUAUGUCUCCUAUAUUAAAAAACACACAAAUGGCCCCUAGGACCCCUAGGCACUUUGAAUAAAGCAGAAUUUAGGAUAAGCUUUUGGGUCAUUUAGAUUGAUGGGCUGCCUUAGCACCAGCAAGUUCAAUAGAAUCAAUUUGAUACAUUUAUAUGCUCGGUCCCAACCCAGCAGUCUAAAGGUGCUUUGUUCCCUGUGACCAGACUAUUAGGUGCUGUCAUUUAUUACAUGUCUUCAAUGACACGUUUACCACAUUUGCCAAUCACAGAAUCGUUGAGUGCCUUAAAAUGGCUCAAACUAACAGUUUGUUUUUCACUAGAUUUUAGUGUACUGUUACAACAGUUGGUGUAAUCAAAAGGGACUGUAGUGUUUUCACCUCAACCAAUACCUAUUAUGGUACUAUAUUCUCCACUGAACAAGCAAAAAAUGAUCAGGGCAGGUUUAGCACAUUUCUGCUUUAAAGGGGCUGUACACUUGAAUGCAAAUUAAGCUCAAAAGAUCUUUAAGCAUUGUGAUUUCAUGGUUAUUUACCAAAGUCACUUAGAGUCAAGUCAAGUAGAACUAAAAUAUUAAACUCAUUUACAUAUAAAUCCAUCUUUCCUGCCUGAUCAGAACAGUGUGGGCAUAAACAGUGAUUAAAAACAACCAUUUGUCAUUUUUUAGAAUUUUCUGGUGUCGAUAGGUUGGAAUCUGUGUAAGUUAGGUUCAACAGGGAGUUUCCACAGUAACUGCUAUAGUAAGUGUUGAAGGCAAAUCCAAGUACAAAUUGCGGUUUGCAUUAUAUAAGGCAUAUCAUUUUGGCUACGUGGCUAAGACAGUAAAAAUAUCUUUAGAAAAAAAUAUUAGCAUCCUUUAGACUACUUAACAGACUAUGAAGAAGGGACUUAAGUUGAUUUACCCCCACCAUUCAAUCAUUUAUUAUUAAACUGAUCUUUAAUGUCCAGUUUUACUUGUUGUGAAAUUGUGGAAAUUAUAUUUUAAAAGUAAAGUAGCCAACAAAGGUACGUAUUUAUUGAAUUUAUUGAAUAAACGCACAAAGAAGGAGUUGUUGGAAUUGAAUGAAACUUCAUGUGUGUGAAUGUAGUGACAAAGCUGCAUAUGUCAGGGAUUACAAUAUUAAAGCAAAAGGACACGUCUAUUUUUUCCCCAUUUUCUCCCCAAUUUACACGGCCAAUUGCCCAACCAACUCAUUAGGACUCCCCCUAUCACUAGUGAUUCCCCAACACACCAGGAGGGUGAAGACUAGCACAUGCCUCCUCCAACACUUAUGAAGUCAGCAACUGCUUCUUUUUGAACUGCUGCUGAUGCAGCAUUGCUGAGUGCAGAGGAAAGCACAGCGACUCAGUUUUGAUACAUUAGCUCACAGAUACCUCGUGCUGAGCGACAUCACCCUUUGGAGUAAUGAGGGGAGAGAACGCCAUCUACCCACCCAGAGAGAGCAAGGCCCACUGUGUUUUCUCAGGUCUCUGGUAGCCGAUUGCAAGUACAUGAACAGGAUUCAAACUGACGAUCUCCUGGUCAAAGUAGCAGCGCUUUAGGUUCUGUUGGGCCUCUAGCCUGGAUACAAGAUGAGAUAUGGUUGGGCAUGGAGGCAUACAGGUUCAGUACGUCAUCCUGCGGCACAUUUGCCCACAAACGUUGCAGCUGCACCAAACCCUUGCCCUGUGCAGGCGAGCAUUAUUCUACUGAAAAAUGCUACUUAGAUGCCCUGCCAUGGGAGGCAACACAUGUGACCACGGGUUAUCUCUCACAUAUCGUUGAGCGGUUAGUGUCCCUCGUAUAACUGCUAGGGGGGAAUGAUGGUCAAAUCCGAUGGCCUUUCUGACUCUCACCACAAGGCCUCUAUACUAGAACCCAACUGUUUUCUGAACCUAGAUUCAUUGCUAAAUAUUAUACAGUUGUAGUCCAUAGUAGUCCAGGAUUUUGUUUAUGACACCAGUGCAAACCAAGGCAAAUGUGGUGUCUGACUGUUGGAUGGCCUAGAUGGCAGCAGUUUGUCAUCAGCCUUCUUAGUUGUUGCUUUCUUGGUUUGAGUGCAUUGUACAGGCAUGUCCAUUAGACACUGGUCUCCCACCAAGAGGUACACUAACCUCUAAGUGUCUCUGAAAGACAGUUUUAUAGGAGGAGAGAAGGGGAAUCAUACCAUACCUGUAAUCAACAGAGAUCAUUACUGCAUGUCAAGUUUUGCAGGAAUUAUUAUUUUUUAGGCACUGAGUGUACAUUGGACAGUAGUUACAGCAGGGUGCAAGCUAACACACUGAUACAACUCAAUGUUCAAAAUGACCAAUGUUGUUUUUAAUGUGGUACACUGUAGUAUUGCUAAUGGUUAUAUGGCUAAAGACCUAAACAAGUAGACAGCCUCUUUCUACAACCUGCAUUCCUCAAAUCUACAAGGGGGACAUCAAUUUCCAGUCUAUAUUUCAUUCAGUUUGUUCAAAUGCAGAUAUCCUAAGAGAAUCAUUUCUCAUGUACUGUAACUGGGUGGAAGGUUUGACAUUCUAAUGCUUGGGUUUAGUUAUAUCCAGACAGUAUUAAAACGACAUGGGCUUCUGGAUUAAUUUUCUUAUUCAUUGGGGCUCCUCUGUGAUUUUAUUUCAGUCUGAAUCAGCCAUUUCUGUGGUUUUCUCUUUUCCUUUAAGAAAAUUGCAGGCUGCAGAUGUCACCUCGUAUUGGAGACUCGAUCCAAAUAGGGCUUUAGACUACAGUAUAUUUAGGAAUUGCUUUAAUUUUCUUUUAUCAGUGUUAAUAUGUUUAUAAGAAUCAUUAAAAUGACCAAGAAUGGGAGUUUUAUGUAAAGUAUAUCCUCUACGUGGACUUUAUCGGACAAUCAUGCACCUUCUUUCAUGUUGGGUUGAAGAGAGAUUUGAAUGUCAACAUAUAGCAGUGUAUAUAGUCAACCUAUAGCGGUGAAAUUGAACUUCAUCAGGAUUCAUUUUAGCUAUAUAUAAAAGCUUGCCUGAAACUUGUCUGAGCACUUUUAGAGUGUCCAUUUCAGAAAACUGUGAAGUCACAUGAUGAGGGUUAAGCAAGGUUAUAAACAUGUAUUGCUGACACUGUUAAAUGCGCACAGCUGUGGUUAGAAUAUAUAGUGGCAUGCAAAGGGUUUGGCAGCUCUGGUCAAAAGUUCUGCCUGUGAAUAGAUAAGUGAGUAGCAAACUGAUUUCUCAAAAAUAUUUUAGCAAUAUUAGUGAAUUAUUCUUUUUUGUAGUUUCAGCAUAGAAAAAAGAAUUGGAGCACCUUGCAAACAUUUGGGCACCCCAAGAGAUCGAAACUCACAGAUUGGGCUGCCUACCUAAGGCUCAACACUGGUUCAGAGUAAACAAUAAAUAUAAUUGGCUUAUCAAUUCUAAUUAAUACAAUGCCACUGGUCUGUCAACAACUAUCAGCGAGUAAUCCAGCUCAGAAAACAGUUAGCUUCGACAAUAACCUGCUCUAAACUUGUCAAGACCAGCUGCUUUUUCUUUAAGCCUUAUGGCUUUAAAUGUUUUUAACAAAAAAGUUCAUAUUUCAUAAUAAGGCCAGAUAGUAUUAAUGAAUGCAUGAAUAACUAGCAAAUAAUAAAAUACAUACAGUAAUUUUUUAUUUUAUUAUAGGAUUAUUCUAAGUAACCCUUUGUUUAAAAUAUGAUCAAAUGCCUGAUUCUAUUAACAUUAUCUCAAAUCAAGACAUGUUUGAGUAGUCUACAACCUCCUGAAAUUACAUUUGAUAUAUGUACCUGUCUCAUAUAAAUUAUUUGUUAUUUUUAGUCAAAUACUGUAUACCAAACACACAAAACUGGCCUAAGAUCCUAAGAGAGAUAUACCCUGUUUACAGCAACUGCCACUGACUGUCCAAAAUAUGGUGGCUUUUUAAUGUUUGUCCAAACUAUAGGCUACAAGCUAUAUGAUAGCAAAGCGUAGUCAGCUGGUAAUUUCCUCUGUUCGUAAUGUUAUUAAAAAACAACAGUUUGAUGGAGGAGGCGCCAAGUUGAGGUUUGAAAGACUGAGAAAGUUUUAUGAUGGAACUGCUGAUAGGGUUUCAAUGGAAGGUAUUGUAUAUCAAAACCCUGUUUGACUGCAGAUGGCAUUUAAAUAGAUUAAGUAGACUCUGGAGUGGUGGUGCACUGUUCUACUGUGCAUCCUCGCCACAAAAGUCAGCUUCAGAAGGUUUGAAACUGAAUUCUGGGCCCAACGAGCAGCAGUAUGUUUGGAGAAAUAUAGGUUUGCUAGGACGGACUCAUAAAAUAUUUUUGGCAUGGAGUCCAGUCUGGGUCAGCUUUCAAGAGGUCAGCAUGUAAAGCUGCACCGCCCCCCCGUUGGUGUGGUAAGUGAUGGAAAACAAUGAUAGGAGCUGGGGUGGAGUGUGAAAUUUAUUUGACAGAGUUAUUAUAUGGGUAUUAUACAGGGUCUAAUAUGCUCCUUCUCCCAAAAUUGAGUUGAAAUUGAAUGAAGCAAUUUCACGUUGUGUUUCAAUCAGUAGCAUGGAGAAUAUUUAAUUGGGUAGAUAUUUGUAAAGGUAAAGAACUAUUUGCAAGCUAUGACUCUUGCUGAAAGGGGUGUUACAAAGUCCUCAGACUAUCCAGGGCACCUAAUUGUUUCCUUGAACGAUGAAAGUAAAAAAUGCAUCCUUGCAUAAAACAUUGAAUAAUGUUUUUUUUUUUGUUUUUAAUCUUUUGGAAAUCAGGUAAUGUUUUGUUGAAGAACAAAACAGAAACUUUGACCAGGGGUGCCCUAACUUUUGAACAUGCCACUAUAACAGGAUUUGUUUCAAAAAACAUGCACAAGAGGAAGUGGAGAGAGACAUUUCUACUUUUCAUUGUUAGUAAGACUGUUGAUACUCAACAAUUUAUGAUUUUAGAUGUGUAAAGUGUAUAUUAACUAGCUACGGCUUUCUCUAUUUUAGUUUGAAACAAAGCAAAGAUUUAUACACAUUUGUAUCCUUUGCAAUGGGUUUAUGAACUUUCGCCUUUUUGCAAUACUGACUGCGUUUGAGUGAUCGAUUUUUCUAUGGACAAUCAAGCUUGAGCCCACACUUACAAACUUAUCAGGUUUUUCACUAAUAUAAUCAUUUUUUCACAGCACAUGUGUCCACACGGUUGGACCUGUCAAAACCGGAGUAAGAACGCGAAGUCUGUUUGUUGCCUCAGAAGACUGCCUCACAUGAGGCUAGCUGUAGGGGUUUCGCACUAGGAUUCCAGUUUGUUUUAUAGAAUUUUUACACAUUAUUUGUGUUCUGCAAUAUAAUAAUGUGAUCGUUUGGGACACCGGAUUUUCGGACGCUUGUUUUCGGUUCCUUUGUCCCAGAUCAAACAUUCAAGUCUUUGGAUAUCUCUGUUUUGUAGUAUCAGCUUUGAACUCAUGUAUUGAGGUAAAUCCAGCUUUGGGACUGGGUUCAGAAAUGUGUGGAAUUUGCUAAGCAAGUGAUGUUCAGUAGAGAGGAAACAGUGUGUCAGUUCACUGUGUUUCAGUGUCGAGGCCUUUUGGACUUGUGCUUUGGCGGGGCUAAAGCUUGUUCUGAAUGUUUUGAGUUAUUUUUUUCUUUUUCAUUUUUAGUAGUUAAACCACAUUAUGACUCUUUUUCGUGUUAAGGAAAUUGUUUUACAAAGACUAUAAAUAAAACAAAAUUCUUGACUA